AUGCCGCGGCGGACAACACGGCGGAAACCUAAACUGCCGACUCCGCCCUGCUCACCGAAUAUUAGUGUUCUUGGGCGGGGAACCUGCUCCACACCCUCCCCUCCUCCUCCACCUCUGCCAGAGAUUGAUCUAAUCACCACAUCAGAACCUCUACCUCCUCCUCCUCCUCUAACCGCCGCUAAAUUCUCCCGCCAAAAUGGGAUUAUACCGGCUCCCGCCGGUCCCCAGUUUGUGUUUCAACCUGCCUCCUCUAAAGGGGGGAUAAGAAAUUCAUCGUAUGCGCCAGGCACAGCAGGUACAGCAGCUGUAGCAGGUUCAGUGGGUACAGCUGUAUCUCCGUACGGUCGAUCCUCUACGGCAAGACAGACGGUCAAUCAUCAACAUCAACAACAAUCUUUCAACAGACAGCCAUCAACAUCUGCUCAACAGCUGCAGACCACCGCUAGACAGCCAACAACUCCUCCUAAACAGUCACACAGUGUUGGUCGACAGCCAGCUAAUACACCACCACAACUACAGGGAGACAGCCAGCAUAUUAUAAUAUCCUAG